CGGAGCCCUCUUCUGUCCCCAACGGGGGGCAUCGGCCCGGGUGAGGGAGAAGGGGCUGGCCCAGAAGCGGGGGCUGGAAGUUCAGCCCUGUGGGAAGCCUUUUAAGCACUCUAGUGGAAGCAGCUGGCCUGGUGAGGGGCUUAAAACCCUGGGCGGGUGAGGGCAGGUGCUAGCGUGGAGGUGAGCAGCCAGGGAGGCCUCGUCCGCCUGCCCCUCGACCCGCCCAUGUGGCCCUUCCUCAGCCACGCUCUCUUCCCACCCCCGACCCAGGCCUGGCUGCAAAGGGCUUCCUCGGACCCUGAGGCCCAGGGCUGGGGGGCCUGGGGCAGGGCCGAGAAGCCCCCUCUGGAGCCAGGGAGUGGGGACAGGAAGGAGGGGGAGCCAGGGGAAGCGGAGAAUGACCCCGAAGAUGCAGGCUUCCCCCUGUCUCUCUUGGAGGGGGAGGAGCUGGCCGAGUACCCGGAACGUGACCAGGAGCUGGAGGCCGUCAAAGUGAAGCUGUGGGCCAUGGAACAGGCCCAAGGACCGGAGCCGCCUGGGGCGCAGGGCCAGGCGGGACGGGAGGAGGGCGCGGGGGCCACACCGGCCAGGCAGCUGCUGAGCCCCGAGGCAGGUUGCACCUGCCCUGGGCCCCCCACGGAGCAGCUGGAGUCCGACCACAGAUCCGUCUAUGUGGGGAAUGUGGACUAUGGGGGCACAGCUGAGGAGCUAGAAGCCUACUUCAACUCCUGCGGGGAGGUUCACCGGGUCACCAUCCUAUGCGACAAGUUCUCUGGACACCCCAAGGGCUACGCCUACAUAGAGUUCGCUGCCGAGAGCUCAGCCCAGGCCGCGGUGGCGUUGGACAAGAGCAUCUUCCGAGGCCGAGUCAUCAAGGUGCUGCCCAAAAGGACCAACUUGCCGGGGAUCAGCUCUACCGACCGCGGGGGCUUCCGAGGACAGCCAGGCGCCAGAGGAGGACCGUUCCCCCGCAGCAGCCUCCAGGGCGGGGCCCGCUUCCGACCUCGGGGGCGGAACCGGGGCCGUGGACGGUUUUCACCUUGGUAUUCACCGUAUUGA